AUGAAUUUAAAAAUAUUUAUUUUAUUCCUCUACUUGGUUGUUGAAGGGAUUGAAGGAGCAAAUUUGCCGUCAAAUGUUGCUCAAAUUCAUCAAACAGCAACAAAUGUUGGCGAAAUCGCUCCGGCAUCGAGCAAAUUUGCCGUCAAAUGUUGCACCAAUUCAUCCAACAUCAACAAAUGUUGGCGAAAUCGCUCCGGCAUCGUAUGAAAAUGUUAAUGGUGUAAAAUACUCGAAUAUUCCUUUCUAUGAAAAUCCAAAAAUUUCGAAAAAAGGAGAAUCAAGCUCGAAAAAAGAAAAAAACGGUUUAGGAAAAGCAGGAAAAGUG